ACAAAUUAGACCUUGUACUGUAAUCGAGGGCCUAAGAAAACAAAUUAUACCAAGGAGUGAUCACGUAUUUACUGAACCGAGUGCACACGCCUACGGUCUUCUCCAAAAUGACCACGCGGAGAUCCCCAAACACACAAAAUUAAUACGAACCGUAACCCACCAGCACAUGAUCCGGAAGGGGUCUGCGCGUAACCCGCGUUCUCUGAAGCAAAUCCAUGGAAACCUGGUUGUCAAGGGGAUCACCUCGCGCCUCCAGCCUCUGCGGGAGCUGCUGCUCGCGUGCGUCGCCUCUUUCAACGGCGGCAUGGACUACGCUCGCAAGGUGUUCGACGGAAUCUCGCACCCGGACCUCUUCAUGCACAACGUCAUGGUACGCGGCUACGCGCAUAGCGCUGCGCCUGCUGCAGCCUUCGUGUUGUACAGACGCAUCGAGGCGGCACGCCUGAAGCCCGACAGCUUCACAUUCUGCUACCUCCUCCGGGCCUGCGCUGGCUUGCCAGGUUCUUGCGCCGGGUACCAGGUCCAUGGCGCCGUCGUGAAGCUGGGAUAUUUUAAGGACGCGUUCGUCAGGAACGCGCUUAUCAACAUGCAUGCCAAGUGCGGGGACUUGCUGGUGGCCGGCACGCUUCUCGAUGAGGCUGGUGAGCGGGAUGUUGUGGCACGGUCGGCUGUCAUAGCAGGGCAUGCAGCGAAAGGUGAACUGGACAUUGCACGGCAACUGUUUGAUGAGUGCCAGCACAAAGACUUGGUCUGUUGGAAUGUCAUGGUAGCUGCCUAUGCUAAGUAUGGGGAAAUGGAGAAGGCGAGGGGGCUGCUUGACCGUGCGCCGGAGAAAGAUGUGGUUUCGUGGAACACAAUUAUCACAGGCUACACGGCGAAGGGGUUGCUAAAGGAAGCAUUAGAGGUGCUUGAUGAGAUGAGGUGUGUGGGCUUGAUGCCUGAUGAGGCCACUAUUGUUAGCUUGCUUUCAUGUUGUGCCAACUUAGGGUCGCUUGGCACAGGGAGGAUGAUACAUUCUUUACACUUGGAAGGUAGGCCAUGCAUAAGUAUUCUUCCUGGAAAUGCAUUGGUAUCAAUGUACGCAAAGUGUGGGGAUGUGCAGGCUGCAAUGGAAGUCUUCAGCAGGAUGAAGGAGAGGGAUGUCUGGACAUGGAACUCAAUCAUCGGAGGGCUGGCCUUCCAUGGGCAAGCGGAACAGUCCGUCCAGUUCUUCAAUAAAAUGCUUGAUGAGGGGUUAUGCCCAAAUGAGAUUUCUUUCCUCUGUGUUCUCGGUGCAUGCAGUCAUGCCGGAUUGGUAGAAGAUGGUCAAAGAUAUUUCUCUCUGAUGAUAAACAGGUACAGGAUCGAGCCUAAUGCAAGGCACUACAGUUGCAUAGUGGAUAUGCUUGGCCGUUCAGGCUUACUGGAUGAAGCAUUUGCAAUUGUGAGCAGCAUGAGGUGUGAACCUGCUGUAGUCAUAUGGAGGACACUGCUUGGCGCCUGUAGGAUCCACGGGGAUGUGGCCCUGGGCAAGCUUGCCAGAGAGAGGCUUCUAAAAAUGAAUGAAGAUGCGAGUGGAGAUUAUGUGCUGCUCUCUGGCAUUUACGCAUCAUGUGAUGAAUGGUUUGGAGUGGAGACUGUGCGGGGAUCAAUGGAUGAAAGGGGGAUAAGGAAGGUUGCUGGUUAUGCUCAGGUUGAGCAGAAAAUUGCUUGACUCUCAGCAUUAUGAUAUUUGCAUGUUGUACAAUGAACAUUUAGAUGAAUAGGUUGGUCCAUUUUAUGCUCGGUUACCAGGGAGUAAAAGAAAGUAGCACCCUAGUAGGCAGAUGCCAAGAGCCAGGAGAGCUGGACAGUCAAUCAUAUUCAAAAUUGCCACACGGUGGCGGUUUCACUUGGAGUUAGCAGCAUCAGUACAACUAGCAGGAUGGCGUGAUAAUAAUUGAGUGUUCGACACUGAUAUGCUCUAUGGUAGAAAAGACGACGACAUCUUACCACAUCAAAAAAGAUUAAGAUCAGCCUGCUGUAUUUAGCCCUGCUCCUGAUUAUGUGCACAAUUGACAAUGGGAGUGAAAUGAUGAGAUAGGCGCUGGCAAUAGAAUUUGCCACCACAAAGAACCUGUUGGCAAAAGAUUGAAACAGUGGGAGGCUGGGAGCAUCAGAUAACCCUAACUCAUUCAAAUUUAAUGCUAUCAGGUAUGGAGGAUGCCACGUACGUGAGAGUAGGGAGAUCACUGUAUCUCUCCUUGAACUGGACGAACUGUGUGAAGAAAGGCAUCGUCUGGUUGGUAGUGCCCAUGGCAAUGGCGCUCGCGAGGGUGCCGAUGACCGCGAUCACACGAAAUAUGAGGUCAAGUAUGCACAAUCCUCUACUGACCCCCUUGCUCAGGGGCCCCUUGGAGGUCUGAAGAACAAUCCAUGUUUCUCGCAUAUAUAAAUGGCGGGAUGCUUGAAACGAAUAUGGAUUAGGUCGUUUUAUGCCAGAGCAGGUGGCAGUACAAGGCUUGUGUUGGUGCGUACUUCCAGCUGCAUUUCGACUAGCGCCUACUCUACUAGCUCUAUGGAGACCACUCUGCGUUGUUUCAUGCAGAGUUUAUGGACUCUUUACGCCAGUUGACUUCUAGGCUUCCAAUAAGAUGGGGAUUUGCUUAUGUCAUUGCUGUGUGUCUUAUUUUGCAGUUAGCUAUUGCCAGAUUCGAAAGCUUUAGGUCCAUUCGUAAGAUAAAGUGAUGCAUCUAUCCUGCAGAAGUUCAUUCGGUUUGUCAUUUCGUAAUACUUCCAGCUAAAAGAACCAUACCGGUCCUCCUGCUGCAAGGCUACCUAUUUUGAGUUUAGUUGAAUCAUUGCAUAUUUCUGAUUCUCCGACUUGUGUUAAUGAUGUGUGUAGUCUACACCAGCAAACGAUUCUUUUGCGAUAUCAUACUCUUGCCUUCAGUUUUUUACUGAGAAUAUUUCUAUCACGAUUCAAUUGCCCUUUGUUUUUUAGCAUUGCAGAAAGUGCUAGCCACGGUAUCUUAAGCACUUAGACAAAUGACAACUCUAGUUGUAAAAACUGUUGUGAAUGAAAAUGAGAAUGAAUCUCUGUGUUCUA